CCGCGUACCUUAUCUAACUUGCUAAUGUCUCUGUGUAAAUACGAUAACAUUCAAUAAUGACUGUAAGUUCAUUAUUCCACGUUCAGUCCCACGAUGGCGCUCAAGACCGGAGCUAGUUUUUUACGUUUGAAUCGCUUGAACCAAGUUUUCAGAUUAUUGUCAACGAGCUCGAGACCUGAAAUCAUUCAGAAUGGUGGUAACAACGCUGACUUCCCUGGCGCUAAGGCUCCCUACGUGACGGAAAUGAAAUUUGUCGAUGAAAAUAGUUAUGAUCCUAUCCCUAUAUAUAGGGUACUCGAUAACGAUGGCCAAGUAAUCGACAAUAGGGAAGAGCCUGCCAUCGACAAGGAAACCCUACUCAACAUGUACAAAACGAUGGUUCAACUUAAUCAGAUGGAUAAAAUUAUGUACGAAUCCCAAAGACAAGGUCGAAUCUCCUUCUUCAUGACGAACUACGGAGAAGAGGGUAUCCAGGUUGGGAGUGCCGCGGCUUUGUCGCCAAAAGAUCUGAUUUUCGCUCAAUACAGAGAGGUCGGAGUACUGUUGUACCGAGGAAUGACGGUCACUGAGCUUAUUAACCAGUGUUAUGGGAAUCAUGAAGAUCCUGGCAAGGGAAGACAUAUGCCAGUACAUUAUGGUAGCAAGCAAAGGAAUAUCGUAACUUUAUCCAGUCCAUUAGCAACCCAGAUGCCUCAAGCUGUAGGCGCAGCUUACGCGUACAAGCGCCUACCAAACAAUGAUCGAUGUGUUAUUUGCUACUUCGGUGAGGGAGCUGCCUCUGAGGGAGACGCACACGCCGCUUUCAACUUCGCCGCUACUCUUGAAUGUCCUGUCAUAAUGUUCUGUAGAAACAACGGAUACGCGAUCUCGACGCCGACGAACGAGCAGUAUCGCGGGGACGGCAUCGCGGGCCGUGGGCCGGCGAUGGGCCUGCACACCGUGCGCGUGGACGGCACCGACGCGCUCGCCGUCUACCGCGCCGUGCAGCGCGCGCGGGCGAUCGCCCUCGACAACAAGCCCGUACUCAUCGAAGCCAUGUCCUACAGAGUGGGACAUCACUCAACGUCCGACGACAGCACCGCCUACAGGCCGCUGGAAGAAAUACAGAAAUGGACUCAAGCUGAGAACCCCAUUCAGAAGUUGAGAUUGUAUCUCGAAAAUAAAGGGCUAUGGGAUGCCGAGGCUGAAAAGACAUACGUAAAGGAAGCUCGUGACAUGGUAGUUCGAACAAUGCAAGAUGCAGAGAAGAAGAAGAAACCGCAUUGGAAGGAGAUGCUUGAAGAUGUUUACUAUGACAUGCCUCCUCAUCUACAGAAACAAAUGCAGCAAAUGGAGAAGCAUUUGGAAAAGUACCAGGAACAUUAUCCCAUGGAUCAAUUUCAAAAAGAAUAAAUUUAAGUUG